AUGAAUGAAAUUCGACAGUUAUGCACGUCAUCAUUGUCACCAACCGAACAUCUGGACGAAAUUCUCGCGCUUUUUCACGCAUGCCCACCUCAGUAUCUGCUUCCAUCACUUUCCCUCAUCGGGCAAUCGAUCUCCUGCAUGCCUAUCGAAGAAUUAAACAUCGAUAUAGUUAACCAUCAAUUGUUUCUCGUUAUCCGACAAUGGUCCGAACGUUUAUUACAAUCAUGGCUGGUCAAUUAUAUGAUCAAUGGUGAAGAACAUCGAGCAUUGUUCUACAUGCACCAAUUAUUUAAAUUAUUAUCGGAAUGGUUAAGUCAACAAGAACAUUUACUUAACGACCAUGAAAAACAAGAAAUAUUUCAACGUGUCUUAACACAUUUGUUUAUCGAGAAAAGCUUUUUAAAGACAAUGUGUCAAGUGAUAUAUCACCUGAUUACAAAUGAAAGCAAUGAACAACAUGGCUCAGCUGUAAGUCAGUCAACGGAAAAUGAAGAUCAAGUGUCUCCAGAUGAUAUUCAACUACAAACAACAUCCGAUGAUCAAGUAAAUCAAACUGAUAUUCUCGAUGUUCUUUACCGAUGUGUGAAUUCAUUAGUAAUUCUAUUUAAUCAUCCCAUAUUAUCAUCGAAUGCUAUCGUAAAGGAUCAUUUAACAACAUGUCUUCUUGAUUGUUUAAAAUUUCCAAUAUUUAUUCAAUUAUCCGUGGAUUUCUUACGCUAUACAUCAUUAAAUGAAAAGAUUCCAAUUCGAUCGAUUUUUCUCCUAUUUACUUGCUUAGACUAUUGCACUCUCUCAAUUACAACCUCGACAUUGACUCUAAUACCACCAAUACAAAAUAUUCUUCAUAUUUGGUGUGAACUUCCUCAGAAUCCAGCCGAAGAUCUAUCGCCAUUAAUCAUUCGACUUAUUCGCCUCAUCGAUCGUCUCGCAUCGACAUAUCCUGAGACAAUUGUCGAUGCCAAUCUUUGUGCUUUCUUCGUUCCAAAUUUCGAAAUUUUAUGUUCAACGUCAGGCGUUAUUGAUGAUAUUAUUUCCCUCUUAGUGACAUUGUCAUUAACAGUCAAUGGUAAACGACAUUUACGUCGUUUGGGAUAUAUUCAACAUAUUUUACGAACGAUUAAACGUCCGCCACACAAACUUUGGUAUCCAUUAUCGUUAUUAUUAACUCAACGUGAUUUCUAUCAAUCGUCCUUUUUUAAACGCUUGAUACAUUUGUUAGCACAACGAACUAUUAAAAUUCUUCAAUUAUUAAGCAAUAGUCAUAAUGACACAUCAUAUGAUUCGACUACAUCAUCCUCACGAGAUCAAAUUUAUCUGAAUGCCUUGGAUUGGUUUAGUUUAUUACGUACACAUUUUCUUUCAUUUACCAUGAUUGUUGAUGAAUUAAUAACUUAUACGAAAAAAGUCAAUCUGAUUUCUCUGAUUAUCGACACAAUUCUCUCUAUAGUACAAGAUGAUGAUGAUUCAUUGAAUUUAAUCGAAAUUAUGAUCGAACUACUAUGGACAUUUUCAUUCAGUACAUCGACAGAUAUUCACGAUGUUCUACAAAAACGCCUGGAUCUAUGUCGGUGGUUAACGACAAAUUUAAAUACAUCCACAUCGAGUACCUACAUUGCUUCUCAAGCAAUUCUGUCAUUAAUAGACUCAGGCAAUCAAAGUUUAAAUCGAACGAUAUCCAAUCAUGGUCUAUCAUUAACAACGAACACUACGAUAUGCAUCAUUUAUUCCGAUGAAUCCUAUCAUGACGUUUGUGUCACAUUUCGUGAUCGUCUUCAGACGGAAUUCCAAUAUUCAUUCGAAUUGGUUCUUACAACCACCUGCCAAUCACUUGAUACGUUGAUUAAUUCGAUUGACCAAUCGAUACUCUGUCUGUUUUGUGCAAGUACAAGAAUGAAAAUUGACAAUUUAGCACAUUUUGUUUUCCAAUAUAUUUCCUUUCAACCCUAUUCGAUUCCUAUAUUAACAAUUCAAAUCGAACAACAAUGCGAUCUCGAAGGGAGCUGGCUUGAACCACUGAUAAUUAUUGAUACGCAUUCAAUUCUCAAAGAAAUUCGACGACUUUUACAUCAAACCAGCGACUCCAAUUCACCUGUACUAAAUCAAACCAAUGAUCAACUGAGUCUCGAUCAUUCGAGUCAAAUUCCAAAUCAAUCCUACCAUUAUAUGUCAUGUCCAGUACUCGACUGGUCUUCGGAUGAUGUCAAUGAAUGGUGCAAUACGACCAGAGGCAACUUUGAUACAUUAAAACCUUUAGUAAAACGUCUCAAUGGCUCUGCACUCAUUCACCUUGCAGAAAUCUUAUCCAUGGAACCAGCAUCGAUGUAUUUUAGUUUAAACGACGAGCUUCGUCAACGUACAGGUUCAACCGUUCCAGUUACGGAGUAUGUUUCGUUACAAAGUGAACUACAAAGCUUAUGCAAACAAAACCAAUGUCAUAUGAAUAGACCUAAUAUUCCAGACAAUACCAAAGACGAUGAUAAACUAAGAAAACGAAGUCGCCUUUGUACUAUACUCUAA